AAGGCGUUGCCAUGGCCACACUAUCUGUUAGGGCCACAAAUGCCAAGGAGUCUGCACCAGGCCUUUUUUGCCUGGAGCUUGUGAAGGGACCUGGCUCCAGAUGACACUGAGACCUAAUUAUAUGAGCACCCACCAUGAACCGAAAGAAACUACAGAAGUUGACGGACACCUUAACUAAAAGUUGCAAACAUUUUAAUAAAUUUGAAGUGAACUGUCUUAUUACACUUUUCUAUAACUUGGUGGGUGAUGUAGCGGAAAGACCAGGGGUAGUCAUUGGACUAGAUCGUAAUGCAUUUCGGAACAUCCUGCACGUGACAUUUGGAAUGACAGAUGACAUGAUUAUGGACAGAGUAUUUCGAGGUUUUGAUAAAGACAAUGAUGGCUGUGUAAAUGUAUCAGAGUGGAUUCAUGGAUUAUCACUGUUUCUUCGAGGGACUUUAGAAGAAAAAAUGAAAUAUUGUUUUGAAGUGUUUGAUCUGAAUGGUGAUGGCUUCAUUUCAAAGGAAGAGAUGUUCCACAUGCUGAAGAACAGUCUUCUCAAGCAGCCCUCUGAGGAGGACCCUGAUGAAGGAAUUAAAGAUUUGGUUGAAAUUACGCUUAAGAAAAUGGACCAAGACCAUGAUGGGAAGUUGUCCUUUGCAGACUAUGAGAACGCUGUGAGAGAAGAGACCCUUCUACUGGAAGCCUUUGGGCCAUGCCUGCCUGAUCCAAAGAGCCAGAUGGAAUUUGAAGCCCAAGUAUUCAAAGACCCAAAUGAUUUCAAUGAUAUGUGAAUUCGUAAAUGUACUGUUUUGAGGAAGUACAAAACAAGCACAUUAAGUUCA